AUGGUGAUUGGUUCCGGGUUCUGCGAAGGUGCGAUUGGGUUGUUACACAAAUCCCCUCACUUGAGACUGAUUCCUAAUAUUUCAUAUCUGGAGAGCAUUGGGAUUGUUGGGUCUCAACUAUCAUCACUCUUGAAGAGGCAACCUCAUCUUUUUGCUUUGCCUGAAUCUGAGCUUAAAAAGCUUGUCUCUAAACUUAUAGAUAUCGGAUUUUCUACUGAUUCAAGAAUGUUGGUGCACGGCCUUCAUUCGUUAGGUUGUAUUAGUCAUGAGUCUUUUUCAAGGAAAUUGCUUUUGCUUCAGAGUUCUGGUUUCUCCAUAAAUGAGUGCAUGGAGGUGUUUAGGAGGGCGCCAAGUUUAUUCCGAAGUUCAGAGGAGAAAAUAAGACUCGGACUAGAAUUUUUCUUGGAAACAAUGGAGUUAAAGAAGUCAACUUUAGUACAGCAUCCUACACUUUUGAUGUUUAGCAUGGAGGAUAGAGUGAUUCCCAGAUAUCAAGUUAUUCAGCUGAUAAAGUCAAGAAAACUUGUGAAGAAAGAGCCAAGUUUUUAUUAUGUGAUGUGUUUGUCGGGGCAUGUGUUCUUUGAAAAGUAUAUAUCGAGAUUUACUGAAAAUGCAGAGGAAUUAUUGAUGGCUUACAAGGGCCAUCUUCUAGAUUUAGGAGAGGAUUAA